AUGGGACAUGAUAUUAAUAAGUACAAGCUUGUACCAGAAAAUAUUAAAGCCUCUGCAACUGCCAAAGAAACAAAAGAUGUUCAGUUUGAGAGAAACAUAAAAGUUUUCAAAGAAGAUUUGUUAUUAGAAAAAAAACUUAAUACAGAACAAAGAAGAGCUUAUACGUUAAUAAUUGAUAGAAUUUUUUCAAAUAAAGUAGGAGUUUUCUUUAUUGAUGGACUUGGAGGAACUGGUAAGAGUUACUUAUACCGAAGUCUAUUAGGAACGAUAAGAUCAAAAGGAUUUGUUGCAUUAGCAACUGCAAGUUUCAGUGUCGUAGCCUCCAUUCUUUCUGGAGGUCGAACUGUUAAAAUACCUGUUGAUAUUGAUGAAAAUACUAAUUGCAAUGUCAGCAAACAAAGCUCACUUGCCUCUUUAAUUCGAGAUGCAAAAUUAGUUGUAUGGGGUGAAGCAUCAAUGGCUAAAGGAAAAAUUAUUGAAGCUCUUGAUUUACUCUUGAAAGAUCUAAUGGAUACAAAGAUGCUCUUUGGUGAAAAAGUUGUUGUUUUAGGUGGUGAUUUUAGAGAAACUCUUCAUGUUGUUCGAAAUGAAAAAAAAGAAGACUUCAUUUCACAAACUUUACUAUAUUCACAAAUCUGGAAUCAACUAGAAAAGUUACACCUAUCAGAAAAUAUGCGUGCAAGAACAGAUCCAUCUUUUUCUGAGUACCUAAUGAGAAUUGGAAAUGAAAAAGAAAAAUUUAACUCCAACGACAAAGUUGAAAAUUCCAAAUAUUUGCUCAUUCCUUUUACUACUGAAGAAUAA